AAUUGAAAUAGAACAGUCCCACUGUUAGUAUUAGUAAAAAAAAAUAGUGAAGAAAAAAAGAAAUGGAAGAAACGGAAGAAAUAACAAAUGGAGAAACAUCAGUAGGAAGAGGAGGCGGGGACGCUAAUUGCCUACUUUCUGCAACUUGGAUGGCAUUCGCAGUAUCAAGUUAUGGGGUGUCAGUCAAUUUAUUAGUGUUUUUGAUGUUUGAGUACAAUAUAAAGAGCAGCAUCGCCAUUCAAAUCUGUAGUUUGAUUUACGGUUGCGUUUCUAUGGUUGUAAUUGCCGGACUUGCUGCAGAUUAUUCCUUCUUCGACUCACCUAUUAUGACAAUUUUUUCCUUCAUUUCCUUACUCGGUAUGGUUGUGCUAACGCAAGUACAUGCGCCGCCUGAAACCCCAUCAAAAUAUCAAUUUGGAUUGCUCUUGGUGUGCAUAGCACUGGGUUUAUUAGGAUUUAUAGCCCUAAUUAAUCCUUAUGGAUUUAUGAGAAGAGAUCAGUUUGAUAAGCCACAAACUUUUAGUCGGGUCUCUGGUAAAGAUGUUUCUAAGGAUGUUUUCGUAGUAAGUAUUGUCACGCUUAUCUGUUAUGUAGAAGAAAAGUUAGGUUGGGGUUUAGGGUUUGCGAUUUGUUGCCUCGUUAAUGCGAUGGGAUUAGUCCUUUUUUUGUAUGGAAUUUUUUCAUUUAGAACCACUAUUAGGAUUUCAUCAAAAAAUUAUCGGGUUCGAGUGGAUAAAUUAUUUAGUUGUGAAGACGAAGACGAAGUCAAAUACUUGAUUAAAUUUAUCCCAUUGUUUUUGACCGACAUUUUCUUGCAAGCCUCUGAUAAUAUGUUCAACUUCCUAAUAACUCUUCAAGCCCUAACUAUGAACAGGCACAUCGGACCGGACUUCAGAAUGCCAGCAAGUUGUUUCGGAUUCUUCUCGGUACCAACUGAAUUUCUUUUGGUAGCUAUCAUCGACUUUGUCAUAGCCUCACGAUGUAAGAAACUAAAAAUCUCCUUAGGUGUCGGAUUAACCCAUGUCUUGACCAUCCUCACUCUCGUAGCAUCUGCUUUGAUCGAGUCCCGAAGGCUCGAUCAACUCACAAACAACUCCAGUUCGAUGUCGGCCUUAUGGCUCAUAGUACCCGAAGCAGUAUCAGGGUUUAAGUAUGGAUUUCAUUCCAGAGGACACAGAAGAAUGUACUGUCGAAAAUGGCCAGUAGAAGGAAUAAGUGAUGUUGUUAUGCGUAAAUUCUCACUUGCAAUGGGAUAUUUUGUGAGCAUAAUAAUUAUUCAAUUAUUCGUUCAAUUCACAGGCUGGCUGCCUCAUAAUAUUAAUGAUGGAAGAUUGGAUUAUGUGUAUUGGAUGUUGGCAGCGAUGGGGUGCCUCAACUUUGCGUUCCAUUUAAUUUUUACCAAGAGCUUUGAGUUUCCAACUUUUAAGUUCCAAGCUGGUAAUGACGAAGCUUCAUAAGCUGCUCAUGGAAGUUAUAAGUUACGUAGCUAUGAUCAUGUUUUGAUUUAUUUCAUUUUGAAUAGCAUACUUUUAUUUAUUUCAUUUUGUAUGGGGUUCUUUGAUUUAUUUC